GAAUGUUAAAUUUAGUUAAAAAUUCAAGAUAUCUUAUGGUUGCUCUAGUAAGAAAAAAAAAAUUCUUUUUUUUAUUAAAAUUGUUACUUGUAUUUUUAUUUAGCCAAUUCAGUGAGAGAUUUAAAGCGGACUGUAUUUUUGUGAAUAAAAGUAAAUGUGGAAAGGUCGAAAAAACAGCCUUUAAAGAUCCUUAAGCCUUAAGGUGUCUGUAUCCGGCUUCAGCAGGCCUGCUCUGGACUUCUUGGGUCUUCUAAUUCGGGUUUAGCACUAAGAGUGGUUGCGGGUUUGAUAAGUAAAUCACGAUAUGUGAUUCGGUAAGAUUAACGCCCGUAUGCACCGUAUAUACUUAAUCUGGAUUAUGGGUUUAAGCUCGCUUAGUUCGAAAAUUUGUGAUGCACCGUAUGAAAAGAAUCGUUUAAGCUUUCGAUUACAAGAUCCAUGGAAGAGGAAGGUUUUGUGGCAUACCGCAUGUCCUUUUAGUUUACUGUCUACCCAUAUCACUUUUAUAAAAUAGAUUUAGAAGAUGAACUGUUUGUGGAUGAUAAUCAAGAAAUGCGAGAAAAGUUUUCCCCGACAAAAUUAUGAAAGAAGUGAAUAUUUCGACAGCCUGGGCAAUUUUUCAUUUUUUCGCCGAUUUCGCUUAACUAAACAGACUGUUUUAAACUUUCUAAGUAAAAUUAAAGAUCAGAUUGAGUACAACAAUAACCUGUAAGUUGUUUAGCGAAAAAAAAUUUGUCGCAGAAAUGCUUCAAAGUGUUCAAUUUAUUUCUCUUGUAGCAACAAUAGUUUAACACCAAUAAAUCAGUUGCUAGCAACAUUACGAUUGUAUUCUUGUGGCAACCAUUAAACGGUAAUAUCAGAUUUUACUGGAUGUCAUGAAACAAAAGUUUCAAGGAUUUUCAGGAGGGUUACAAGAGCAAUUUACCUCACAAGGCCACAUCACAUGAGAAUGCCACAAAAUGAUCAUGAAAAGUUAAGAAUUUCAACAGACUAUUAUAAUAUUUCCAGGUUUCCUAAGGCGAUUGGUUGUGUCGAUGGUACUUACAUUAGAAUUCAGUCGCCUGGUAAGGAGUGCCUUUUAUUAAACUUCAUCCAUUUUAAUACCUUUAUAGUCUCGAAAUGAUAAUAAAUCAUGAUUUUAGGAGGAGAUGAUGCCGAGGUAUUCAGGAAUAGAAAGGGAUAUUUUUCUAUUAACGCCCAGGUUGUUGGGGAUUCACAGCUAAAAAUUCAAGAUAUUGUGGCAAGAUGGCCUGGUUCGGCACAUGAUUUAACUGUUUUCAAUAAUAGCAGGAUACGUGCAAGAUUUGAGGGACAAGAAUUCCAAGAUUCUGUUUUACUAGGUGAUAGUGGGUAUGCUAACCGCAAUUACCUGUUAGUACCCUUGUUAAAUCCCUCAAACCGUGCAGAGGAGUUAUACAAUGAGGCUCAUAUUAGGACACGCAAUACUAUAGAAAGAUUGUUUGGUGUUGCGAUACAAGCCAGAAUUAGCCAGUGACAUAAUAGUGGCCACUGGAAUAUUGCAUAAUGUUGCAAAAGAAAACAAUGAAGAUGAACCACCUCUAGCAGAAAAUAUAAAUGCAGAAGAGCUUAAUUAUUUAAUUGAGCUUGGAAAUAUUCCUGAUGUCAUUGAAAGAAGAAACCCAGAAGACCGUGAUGCUUUUGACCAACGCAGACAUUUAAUUGAACAUUUUUUCAUACAUCUUUAUAGAUAACGACACUGGAAUCAAUGGGCGAUGCGUAAAAGUGCUAACAAGGAAGUUGUUAGCCUUCUCUCUUGUCUCCGUUCAGCACACACUAAAGGAAUUUAGAAAUUUAAAGGUUAUCGUACACGCGCGGAUUUGUUGUUGCUAAGACUUAGAAAAUAUUAAUUAAAUUGGUUAUAAUAAAAGGAGAAAAUUAAAUUAAAAUGAAAUGGUAGUUUUAAUUUGGAGAGAAAAACAAAUAAAUAUUAUAAAAAUAAAUAAAAUUAAACUAUUUGGAUGUUCACAAACUAAAUGUGGACGGACCAUCAUAUAUUUUAUACUAAUACCAUGAAAAUGAUGAUCUUCAUUUAAAUUUUUGCUCGUAUUUACUUAACAAAUUUAGUU